UUAGAUAGUUUAUUUGAAUUCCGAACGCCGUCGGCGGCGCGCGUAACGAAAACGCGGGAAAGUCGCGAGUGCACACACAAGGAUGUUUUAGAAAGUGUAGUGAAGUGAUAUGCUGUAAAUAGAAAACCAUGGAAAAUGGGCACGACAUCGAACCAGAGUUCACAGUCAAGAAACUCGCCAGCCUAUUGGAGCGGGCGCCGCGGCGCGGGAGAGAGACGAAAGGGGUCGAGAGGGAGACGAAAGAUCGCGUCACGUACGAGAGCGAGAGGCUGACUAGUCACAGCGAAGCGUCGUCGCGGAGAAACAGUGAUGAUGGGGGGAGGGCGCGGAAGGAGGGGUUCAGGGGAGAUGGCACCGCCUCAGAACCACCCACAGCUAACGUGACCAGCCUCAACGCAUGGAACGACCUGGCCAGCUCCACUUCCACCACUAGGACGGAACUCAGUUCCGAUAGUACUGUGGAAGACCAGACCAACCUCGCGCAUCCUGGGUCGGCUCUCCCAGGCACACCCAUGCAUAUCAAGGAGCCAUGGAAGUCGGCAGACAACCUGGCCCCUGACUCUGCCUUCGGGACUUCGCUGGCGGACAUCAUGGAAAGCCCUGCUAAUAAGAUCCCCUUACGUGAAGACAUAAAAUCCGUAUCGUCCGGGAGCCCAGAGGACCGCCGGCCGCGGUUGGGAUGGCGUCUCGUUCGCAAUAUGUCCACGGCGGCCAGCGCCUUCAGUCCCAAAGGGACGCCAACUGCGCUCCCCGGGACGCCACUACCUGUACAGUCCAAACCAGAAAGCAAGAAUACAGAUUACUCGAAAGACAACAGAAAGUCAUCACUGCCGUUCUACCCCAAUGAGAAGGAUGAGAUUAUUGGCGAGACCAGUCCUGAGGGCUUGGAUCCUGAGUCCCUCAUGUUCCGAGACGGUCGUCGACGGAUUGACAUGGUGCUGGCUUAUGAAGAAGAGGACUUCGGAGUUAUGACGGAGGCCGAGGCCAGGAAGAGGGACUGCCGAAGGGUUUUCCAGGAAAACCUCGUAAAAGAAGGACUGGAACUAGAGCUAGAAAACAAAUGCCUGUCGUUCGACGGCAAAACGUGGUUCAUUAAAAUCCACAUACCCUGGAAGACUGAGAUGAGACUCGCCGAAGUUAUUGGCAUGAAGCUACCCACCAAAAGGUUUAUCACCAUCUCUGUGAGAGCAUGGAGCGAUGAAAAACAAGCGGAACGCGACAAGAAAUGGCAUUCAAAAUGGCGACGGCGAUGGAAACAGAUUUACGAAUACGAACAUUCCAGAAUCGAGUGUGAACCUUCGUUCUACGCCGCUACCGAACAAAAGGGGGUCAAACGGGAGGAACAGUUCCUGGUGAAAGACAGGCAUACGCAAUUUUCUCCUGCCCAACGCAGUUUGCUGGUCAUGCAGAUCCUUCUCAGAGCCAAAUAUGACAACAAUGACACAAAGAUGGGUAUCCGUCGCCUGCUCAAUGACGGAACGUACAUGGCGUGCUUUCCGCUGCACGAGGGCCGUUACGAUAUUGACAUGGCUGAUGGGAGCCACACGGACCGACGGCUCUUAUACCUCGAAUGGGCGCGCCCCUGCAAAUGGUACAAGAAGCAGCCACUCUGGCUAAUACGACGGUACUUCGGCGACAAGAUAGGGCUCUACUUCUGCUGGCUCGGCUUUUAUACGAAGAUGCUGUACGCCCCGGCAGCUGUUGGGACCCUGUGCUUCUUGUAUGGGCUGGCCAGCAUGGGGUCUGAAGAUAACAUUCCCAGUAAAGAGAUCUGCGACAUAUCGGGUCCCGGCAACACGACCCUCUGCCCUCUGUGCGACAAGGCAUGCCAGUACCAGAGGCUGUCCGACUCGUGUCUGUUCGCCAAACUGUCAUAUCUGUUCGACAACCCAGCUACGGUGUUCUUUGCUAUAUUCAUGUCCUUUUGGGCAACAACAUUCCUAGAGCUAUGGAAGAGGAAGCAGUCAGUUCUGCGUUGGGAAUGGGACUUAGGUGGUGUCGAUCAGGAUGAAGACCCCAGACCAGAAUUCGAAGCGUCGGUAAAGACAUUCCGGACGAAUCCAGUCACAAGAGAGAAAGAGCCUUAUCUGCCAGGAUGGCAGAAGACCAUGAGAUACGUAGCUACCAGCUCGGCUGUGCUUUUCAUGAUAACAAUAGUCCUGGGCGCCGUCCUGGGCACAAUAAUCUACCGGAUCUCGAUGGUGUCGGUCAUCUACGGAGGCUCCGGGUUCUUCCUCAAGAAACACGCCAAAAUCUUCACCUCAAUGACCGCUGCCGUCAUUAACUUGAUCAUCAUUAUGAUACUCACUAGGAUAUACGCUAAAGUGGCGGUCUACCUGACCAACAUGGAGAACCCACGAACACAGACUGAAUACGAAGAUUCUUACACAUUCAAGAUAUUCUUCUUUGAAUUCAUGAACUUCUACUCUUCGCUCAUCUACAUUGCCUUCUUUAAAGGGCGCUUCUACGACUACCCCGGCGACGACCAAGCCCGCAAGUCCGAAUUCUUCAAGCUGAAGGGCGACAUCUGCGACCCCGCGGGCUGCCUGUCCGAGUUGUGCAUACAACUCGCCAUCAUCAUGAUCGGCAAGCAGUGUGUCAACAACUUCGUGGAGCUCGGCAACCCAAAAAUCCACAACUGGUGGCGCCAGCGGACCCAUCGAGCUAUCACCCGAGACCCGACUAAGCCCCAUAUGGCUUGGGAGCAGGACUACCAUCUCCAAGACCCUGGCAGACUUGCACUCUUUGACGAGUACCUGGAGAUGAUUCUUCAAUACGGCUUCGUAACAUUAUUCGUGGCUGCGUUCCCGCUGGCGCCUCUGUUCGCGUUGCUCAACAACAUUGCUGAGAUCAGACUGGACGCCUACAAGAUGGUCACACAGGCGCGAAGACCGUUGGCAGAGAGAGUUGAAGAUAUUGGUGCUUGGUAUGGCAUUUUACGGGGGAUUACUUACGCAGCAGUUGUUUCUAAUGCGUUUGUGAUAGCCUACACGAGCGAUUUCAUCCCCCGCAUGGUGUACAAAUACGUAUAUUCACCGGACAAUACUCUAGCCGGGUACAUCGACCACUCUUUAUCACUGUUCAACACAUCAGACUACCGGGAAGAGUGGGGGGCGGACGAGAACGAGGUAGACCCACCUACCUGCGCGUACCGAGGCUACCGGAACCCUCCAGACCACUUUGAUCCUUAUGGACUCUCUCCACACUACUGGCAUGUGUUCGCCGCUCGGUUGGCGUUCGUUGUAGUGUUUGAGCACGUAGUUUUCGGCCUCACCGGCCUCAUGCAGCUCUUCAUCCCCGACGUACCCACGGAGCUGCGGACCCAGAUGCAGCGCGAAGCCCUACUGGCCAAGGAGGCCAAGUAUGAACACGGGAGACGACGGCUCUCUACUGAAUACAGACAACUAAUUACGCAGAAGAGCGACAGUGGGCCAGCUACAGAGCGCGCACCAUGGAUGCGGCGCGCCUCCCGCGCUUCAGACAGCCUGGACGCGCACGUGGCCAUCGCGCAGCGCCCCUCCUCACCGCACUGACGUCACAGACUGUUCGACCUUCAACUGUUUAGGUCAGAGACAAAUUAAGUGUGUGUUUAUAUCGUCUCGGCAUCGCUCCAAUCCAAUCGGAGAGGCUCGAGACGAAAGGGGUGUGUGUGUGGAUGUCUCGACGAGAGUGUACAGCAGGCAUUAAAUUAAUGUAAUAUUAAUAAUCUUAUCCUAAUAACAAGUAUACUCGUACUCACGGUAACCCUGGCUACACACGUUAACUAUAAAACGUAGCGAUUAAACUGUGCAGUCCGAUUUGCGCAGUUUUAUCUACCGUGUGUAUGACAAAUCGUCACGAUAAUCGACAACGAUUUAUCAUACACACGGUAGAUAAAACUGCGCAAAUCGGACUGCACAGAUAAAUCGCUACGAUUUAUAAGUUACGUAUGUAGCCGGCAUAAGUAUUAAGUGUAAUGUGUGGACCAAUGUUUUGUAUUUUUGGAAAGUCGGGUAAUGUCAAUGAAAACUUUUAUUGAUGACGCAAAAAAGCCAAAGUUAAUCUGAGAGGAUAAAUUAUUUAAGUGAGUACAGGAAUAUGAACGAAAAAUUAUAAACUACAACUAACUACAACAUAAACUAAAAUUAUAAAUAAAAAAACUGGCUCCAGCUCUGUGCCUUGGGGCAAGGUGCCAAGAAGGCUGGCCCGUUUGCCGCGCUGGACAAUGCCAAUGCGUUGCGCGAGGCAGGUGCCAGCCCUCUUGUCACCCGUCGCCUCCACGAGGCGCUUCGCCAGCUCUUCGAUGUGCGGUUGAAUUUUCGGAGGCAAAAAUCGAUCUAGCGAGGUCUUAUCUCUGAGAAAACGCGCACUGUUAAGUGUUUUACUGUGUUUUAGUCUUAAUUGAUUAAACUAUUGUUUUUCAUCAAAAAAACCUACUGUAUAAUUUUAUAAUAAUCAUAUAUGAUCUCAACAGCACUCUUAUAAAUCAUAUAUAAUAUGUCAAAUGUAACUAUUUACUACGAAAACAUACGACAAACAGAUCACUGUGUUAUGUCUUUCCUGUAGACAUACAAAAGAGUUAAGGGCUAUAAAGGUUAAUUUUCUUAUUUAACCCUUAUCCACGUCAUAAGGUCCUCCUUUUAUUUAGAGAACUAUGAUAAAAUCAUUACCUUCAUGCCCACUAGCUGUUACUAUUGCCCACAGGAGAGAAAACUAGUGUGUUCGCGCGAACAGUACAUUUUUCUUAACUCUUGUGUAUGUCUACAGGAAAGACAUAACACAUUGAUCUGUUUGACCCACGAAGCACAUGUGUCUGUUAACUAUUUGUGUAAGUUAUUUAAGAAAUUGUACUAGAUCUCUAUAAAAAUUAUAAUAAGGUGCGUUGUGGUAAACUUCUAAAGCGGGAUAAUUUAGAAAAUGGCAAAUAUCAAUUAAACUGGAAGCACUUUUUGCUGUAGCAAAUACAAUGACAUGAAUUUUAAGAUUUUUAAGCAAUUGUGAUCUCACAAUACUAAUCUGCUACUAAAAUAAGGCAUCUGCCUUGGUAACCUUUGCAGUAAUAUUAGUGAUGCUAUAAGUACAUACUGCUGGUUUUAUAGAUUUUUGCUAUUUCCAAAAUUACCAAGCUUAAGUUAUCCCAAUGCAUCCUAUUUAAAAAUAUUUAUGACUCUAUGUAAUCUGUAGGGGGUCCCUUUGUUUUACAUAAAGUUUUAAGUCAUAAUGUAAUGUUUGUCAUAUUAUCAUUAGUCAUAAUUCUGAAACCAUUAACUUUUCAGGAUUUUCGUAAGGUUAUCCUAAGAUUAGGUUUGUUUUAUGGCAAUCCCGAGAAUAUACGCGUUUCUAAGAAUAACAAAUUAUGAGUAACGAAAAUGCGGACAAACAAUACGUUAUGAUUAUGACUUAAAACUUUUUGGGAAACAAUAGAGACCCAAUCUGUAGGUAUGUAUAUCUAUUUUUGUGGCACGUUCUAUUAGCCUAAAUAAUAUAAAAUAAUUGAUAAUUUAAAUAAGAUGUGAAUGUGAGCAUGUAACAUAUUUUGUCCUAAUUGUAAGAGUGACAUCGUUUUUAAUACACAUUAUUUUUAAAACUUUUUAAUAAAAGGGUCCAAAGAGUUAAACGUUUUAAAGUCUAGUCUUAAGAAUAUAAACGUAACAAGAAUGUAUUUAGGAUGUUAGGAUAAUCUAAAAUAUCUAAAUGAUCUAUAUUUUAAGGAAUCUCUUUUAUAUAUCUGCAAAUAUCUGUGCAUAUUAGUUGUAAUGAAUAGGCUCAAAAAAUACGUUGACAAGGAUUUUUUACUGUGUUUUUUAAAAAUGUUUUAGUUGGUUUAUCAAAGCCAAAGGAACAUAAUAUUUAAAAUAAUUUUGUUUGAUUAUAUAUUAAUUAAUUAAAUUAAUUAUAUAUUAAUGACAUUUUUGUGAAGUAAUUAUGGAAAAAAAUCCUAAAAAAUUUUGUCAACUUAAUUUUGGGCCCACAACUCUAAUAAUUUAUUAAUAAUGACAUAAUUAUUUAUUACCUAUUUUCAUAUUCCGUACACUCACAGUCAUAAAUAUAUAAACACCUUUUCACCUUGUUAUUGUAUUGAAGUCAAAAUGUGUGUAGAUGUUUAUGGCCACGGCUGGAUUCUAAUCUAGACUCGUGCCGUAUUUUAGUAAAGUUAUAAGGUUCUUAUUCUUAACCAUUUGACCGCCAAAUGCGCGCGGCUACAGCCCAAUGUCAACCUUCGUAUAUUCCAAUAAGGUUCACAAUUACGUGCUGAGCCCAAUAGGCGUAACGUACAAAGGGUUAAGGCAUUUUUUCUUAACCCUUAAAUCGACAACGUCUGAAAUGUGCGCAAAAAAAUUUGGAAAAUUAGGUAAUGAUUAAAUUGGUUUUAAAUAUUAUUUUAACAGCAUCGAUGUUAUAUUUAUUGAUUCCAGUUUUACUAUUUUAUAUAAUAAAUAUUAAUUAAAAGUAAUUUGAAUUUUAUGUAGGUUUUGUGAUUAAGGUCACAGUUAUAUUUUACAUGUAGGUAUACCUAACACAUCUACCUAAGCGUACCUAAGCGCUAAAGCUAAGCUAAGCUAGGAUAGGUAUGUUCCUAAGCGUAAAUUUAUUAAAAAAUUAAAUAAAAUUACCUACUUAUUUGAUUUAUAUCACGAUUUAGCGAUGUUAUAAUUUUUCUGCAAUAAGUUAGUUGCCCAGCGGACCCCAGGCUCCCAUGAGCCGUGGCAAAAUGCCGGGGCAACGCGAGGAAGAUGAUAAAAUUAGUAAACAGAUUAAAAACAUGCAUUUAAGGGUUACACAUCUUAUUGUAUUAUAACUCUACUGUCUAGUAAUAGUUGUGUUGAAAGUGCUGUCAGUCCAAUUUUAUGUGAUAUUAGUAUUUUAUAAGUAAUCAUUCGACAUAACCUCAAAGUAAUGGAUGGUACGCAAUAUAUAAAGAACAAGAUAUAUUGCAAUUUUCUCAAUCAGAUCAUAGUAGGUUAGGAUGUGGACUUGGGGAAUAAAUGGAUGAAACUUUUAGUAUUAUUUGAAUCAUCAUCAUCAUCAUCAUCUCAGCCAUAAGACGUCCACUGCUGAACAUAGGCCUCCCCCUUGGACCUCCAUACGUGCCGAUUGGAAGCGACCCGCAUCCAGCGUCUUCCGGCGACCUUAACAAGAUCGUCUGUCCAUCUUGUGGGUGGACGUCCUACGCUGCGCUUGCUAGUCCGUGGUCUCCACUCGAGCACUUUUCGACCCCAUCGGCCAUCUUCUCUGCGUGCAAUGUGGCCUGCCCAUUGCCACUUCAGCUUGCUAAUCCGGUGGGCUAUGUCGGUGACUUCAGUUCGUCUACGGAUCUCCUCAUUUCUGAUUCGAUCACGUAGAGAAACAAACAAAAGUAUUAUUUGAAUAUACGAAUAAAAUCACAUAUAUAAAGUACUUUAAAAAAAUCAUGUUCCUUUUUACCCCAACGUACUUACCAGCAGCGACAAAUUUGCACAGUCUAAAAGACCAAAUUUUAACCUUAACCCGGCUUUUUGGGAGGAAAAAUGUGCGUUAAACCAAAUUUCUUCAAACCGGGGCAUGAUGAUGAAUGUAUCUACCAUGAAGAAAACAGCGGGAUUUUAAAAACCCUAUCUACUGAUAAUUACAUAAUCAAUAAUUAAGACAAACUAUAAUCAUUAUUAAAGAACAAAACAUUAUAAAUAAUAGUUUGGUAUAGUCAUAGACCAGGAAUCCUCUAGACCGAGUUUAGAGCAAUUAUUUCAUGCAACCGAUGAUGCCAAAAAUGCGGGGGACGAGGUCAGCGAAGUCCCGUGCCGUGACUGGUCCGUUCAAAGACACGGACGUCACACAAAGACACUUUCGACUCGAACAUGGAGUAAAAUUACCGUAUGCGUGGCAGAGGGGGUAGCGCGACUAUGCUGUCUGGUGGAUGUUUUGUUUGUGGGUAUAGUCGUUCGAUUUGUAGCUGGCCCCUUUGUCUAUUGUUAAGUAAAACCGCGCGUAUCUAUUUUUUAUACUACCUAUAGGUAUAAAAAAUGGUUCAUUCACUUUGACUGGUUAUUGAAUUACAACUCCUAUGGAAAUUGCAAUAAGAUUCAAAAUUAACUAAUGGAAUAAUAUUUUGCGAGGCUAUGUGAUCCUUCUACGGUUAUAGUGUGUAGUUUUCAAAUAGAGCUAGACGGUUAAUCCUAUUGUCUAUUGUUAAGUAAAACCGCUCGUGCCACGUGCCACAACCACCUGCAUAAAAAAUACGUACUUCGGUUACUAAGUGCCGGCGAGUCGAACGCUACAGAACCAGUCUAAAAUGUGUCGCAUAAAGGCGCGUUAUCGGAGAGCGCACCUACACUGGUUUUUUUAGCGUUUUACUAGCCCGCGCUCAGGUGCCUAAUAGAAUAAUGAAGACCCUUUUUUGCAGGUAAGUAGCACGUGCGGUUUUACUUAACAAUAGACAAUAGGAUUAGCCGUCGAGCUCUAUUUGAAAGCUACACACUAUACUGAGUGCCGGCGAGUAUAGAUAGGGUUUUUGAGACUUGUUAACUUAAGGAAUCUCUUAUCUCUAAGUGAACAUACUGUAUGUGUAUACGUUUCUACUCAAUGUUCUAUAAAUCUGUAUAUCUAAUUGUAUAUUAAAGAAUUGUUAUUUCAA